CAGAUUGUGCAUGUGUCCCAGACAAAAUACAUACAGAUUGUCUUUUUACAAACAGAAAUUGGUUAAAUUCAUUCCAUCAUCAUCUCUUUGCCUUGUGGAAAUUGCAUCGAGAUAGGAUUGAACAAAAAAGAUCAUCUCCCUCGUAAUUUAUCCCGCGCUUCAAUCUACAAAGCAGCCGGCAUAUUAGGCAAGAUAAAGACGGGAGGCGUAAAGGAUCCUUUCAAUCCGCUUUUUGGUGCUCCUAUUCUAUCUCACAACUACAUCCGUCCUCGUUGCAAUCAAAGAUGACGACAAUGUAUGAAAAUGGCGCAAGUGCCUCUUUUGGAGGUCCUUCUUCGCCUGGUUCAAUGUCAAACGGUGCAGGAGGUGGUUCAAGUAACCUUAGCAGAAGAUUAACGGCUGCAAGUAUGAAUAACAGAAAUACAAACAGAUACAGUGUUACAGCUUUGUACAGUAUGGCGGCCGAACAAGAUGUUGAAGUGGAAGAUGAUUUGGCAAGAGCACAAAAGCGAUUGAGAGAAUUGAAAGGGAGAAUCUCUGCUCAGUCCAAAAAGAACUUCGUUUUGGAAAGAGAUGUACGUUAUUUGGACAGCCGAAUUGCACUCUUGAUUGCCAAUCGAAUGGCUUUGGACGAACAGUCAGAAGUUGCAAGUACAUUGGAAGAAACUGAAUCACAGAUCGGGACGGCUUUGGACGACAGAAAGAUGCAACAAUACGGAAAUUUGUUCUUCUUGUUACAAUCUGAACCUCGUCACAUUGCCGCUCUUUGCAGACUUGUCAGCUUGGCUGAAAUCGACACACUUCUUCAAACGGUCAUGUUCACACUUUAUGGUAACCAAUACGAGAGUCGCGAAGAGCAUUUAUUGCUCACUAUGUUCCAGUCCGUCCUCUCUGCCCAAUUUGAAACGGCUACCGAUUUUGGAUCUCUUUUGCGUGCAAACACACCUGUCUCUCGAAUGAUGACAACCUACACAAGACGUGGACCCGGUCAAUCUUUCCUCAAAGAUGUUUUGGCUGAACGUAUCAAUUCUUUGAUCGAACACAAGGAUUUGAACUUGGAAGUGAACCCUCUCAAAGUGUACGAACAAAUGAUUAACCAAAUUGAAGAAGACACAGGUGCAUUACCGCCCAAUCUACCCAAAGGAGUGGCACCCGAGGUUGCACAAGAGAAUGCAGAUGUGCAAGCAAUCAUUGCACCUCGCUUGACAAUGUUGAUGGAAAUCGCCAACUCGUUCUUACAAACGAUUAUCAAUUCGAUCGAUCAAGUUCCAUACGGUAUCCGAUGGAUCUGCAAGCAAAUUCGCAGUUUGACCAAACGCAAGUACCCUGACGCUACCGAAUUUGCAAUUUGCAGUUUGAUUGGUGGAUUCUUCUUCCUUCGUUUCAUCAAUCCUGCCAUCGUUACUCCACAAGCAUACAUGUUGGUCGACGGACCACCCGCCAAGCACCCGAGAAGAACACUCACUCUCAUUGCCAAGAUGUUGCAAAAUUUGGCCAACAAGCCAAGUUACGCCAAGGAACAAUACAUGAUGUCCUUGAACCCAUUUGUGGAGAACAACAAGACGAAGAUUAAUCAAUUCCUCAACGCAUUGUGCGAUGUUGGAGAUUUCUAUGAUACGCUGGAAAUGGAUCAAUACAUGGCUCUGUCCAAGAAAGACUUGCAAAUUCAAAUCACCUUGAAUGAAUUGUACAAUACCCAUUCCUUGGUUCAACAGCAUUUGGAUGUUUUGGCGCCCAAUGAGAAACAUCAUUUGCGCAUCUUGAUAGGUGAAUUGGGAGGAUCGCCAGGGCAAGUGGCACGAAAGGAGAAUAGAACGAUGGAUUUGCCACUGUUUAGCAGAUGGGAAACACCAAUUCAAGAUCUGACCACAGCAUUCAUGUCGGAAAACAAUGUCACACAAAAUGAUAUUUUGUACAUGGAGACAAAGUCGAUUUUCGUACAGCUGAUCCGUAGUAUACCACAACUUGCCGAUAAGAGACCGAUCAAUUUACCGCAAAUCGCCGAACGAGCGGCAACGACAAAAGAUGCCACUUUGGUCCGAAAGGGAAUCAAGGUGAAGGAAAUGUUGCGUGAAUUGGAAGAGCUCAAGGUUGUGGACAGACGAGAUGGAUAUGCGCUCAUGACUGAUGAAGUUGCUUCUGAGUUGGCACAUUUGGGUAAUAUGCGCGAAAAGGUCAUUCAAGAAAUGCGAUCGCUUGAAUCUGUGUACAAGACAAUCGUUGGUCAUAAUAACUACUUGAGAAGUCAAUUGGACACAUACAAGAGUUAUUUGCAAAACGUACGUAUGACGAGUGGAAGUGGAAAGGAUAAACCUGCCGGAGGUGUAGGUGUGGUGAGCGUGAACGGAAAAGAAAAGAAACCACAAAAGAGUCAUAAUCAAGGACCGUUCAAGUUCACACAUGCUCAAAUGGAAAAAGACGGCGUGAUUGCCAGUAGUAGCGUUCCACAAGAACGUAGAGCGGCAAUCUUUUUCUCUAUUGCUUCACCUCAACCUGGAAGUUUUGUUAUCUCACUGAACUAUAAAGGACGUGAACGUGCGAUUCUUGAAAUGGACUUGACGUUGGACGAUAUUCUUGAAAAACAAAAAGAAGGCGUUCAAUUGUUGGAUUUGGAAUACGUUCAAUUGGACGUUGAUCAAAUUUUGAUUUUGCUCAACAAAACUUUUGCCAAGAGAAAAGGAUGGUAAAAGGAUAAUCAUUUUUGGAUUCGGAUAAAAAAGCGUGUGCCUCAUCGAACCCCCAUUCUCUGGCUGGCUCCAAGGUUUCUAUUAUUUUAUUUUUGACGUGGUGGUGGAUAGGCAGCACCUUUAUCGAUGCUUCAUCUUUAUAUAUAUAAACACAUUUUGCUUUAUUUUCUUCUUCUUCAUUUUCUCACGUUUCCAUUCAUCUUCUUUCUCUUUCUUUUUUUCUCACAUACCUUGAUAUCCCAAGAAUAGCCUAUUGUGUUCUUUUAUUGAAUGUUCAUUUGUGUAUCCCAAAA